UUCUGUGGAAGUCUACGAGGGUGGACUAUCAAGGUGGUUUUUUCACCUUGUGUAGGAAAACGACAAGGAAAGGCGUUGUUGUUUCGAUUUAAAAUAUAAUUAUAACGUUUGAGGAAAAUAUCCUGUUGCUGUUAUUGUGAACUGAGAAAAAAAAACAUUGACCGCAUAAUGACAGCCAAAUUUGAAUUGUCCAGCGAUGGUCCACAGUACCAAGCGUCCAGUAGCCCCUCCAGCCUUGUGAAACUCCUGCUGGCUCUGUUGGCGCUCAACAUGGCGGCCGUCAUUGUUCUGGCUGUGUUCCUUGGCAUGGGGGCGACAGGGGACACGACUCUCACCUGCAAGAUCGACGGAGCCGCCUUAGCUUCCGGCUCUCUCGGCAAGGGUUCGCCAUCCAUCCCUGCAGUUAAAGGACACCAAGAUGAUAUCUGACCGCCCCGAGGACCGGCGUGACGCGUACGCCAUGUACCACCCGAUGUCCCUGGGUGACAUCAUCGGGAACUACAGCCUGCCGGUGUUCAACAUGUCUAACUAUGUGCUGGAGAUGAUGGCUCUGCCCGGCAUAGACGUCUAUGACAUCACAGAGGAAGAGAUCGUCAACGUGAAGUCUCCAGCCUAUUACAGCAAGAUGUUGCAACUCGUAAACAACACCUCCGCCAGAACUCUGGCGAACUAUGCGGUAUGGAGAGCCGUCUUUGACAAUGUGGGGACUCUUGGUGCAGACUUCAGGGAGGCGUUUGUGGCCUAUAAGCGGGUAAUCUUCGGCCAGCAGGCGGACUUCUCGCGGCCUGACCUGUGCGUGAGCUACACCGGCCGGAACCUGGGGUUUGCCGUCGGGAGGAUGUUCCUGGACGCCAAGUUCUCCAAGGACGACAGGGCAUCUGCUGAGGAGAUGAUCAAGAACAUCCAACAAGCUUUCAAUGACCACCUGGCUGACCUUGACUGGAUGGACGAAACAACUAAAAAAGCUGCCCGAGAGAAGGCCUCAAUAAACCGAACCAGUUUCCUGAAAAACGUUGUCAGCUGCAAAACGCUGAGGUUUGCCCAAGACGCCAGCGGUUUCAGAACACCAACAGACAAGACAAGGUGGAGUGACCCGCCACAGACAGUCAACGCCUACUACAGCCCAUCGACCAAUCAAAUCACCUUCCCAGCAGGAGUGCUCCAGCCACCAAAUUUCAACUCCCGUUUCCCCGGGUACAUCAACUACGGAGCAAUUGGAUCCAUCAUUGGUCACGAAAUCACUCAUGGUUUUGACGACGCUGGUCGUCAGAGAGACAAAUAUGGAAAACUUCGGGAAUGGUGGAGCCCGGAAGUCGUUGAGAAAUUCAAGACCAGAGCUAAGUGCAUUGUGGACCAGUACACUAACUUCAGCCAGAGAAUCGACGGCCAUGACUAUCACCUGAACGGAGUCACAUCUCAAGGAGAAAACAUUGCGGAUAACGGCGGAGUGAAAAUCGCGCGUACCGCACGUGGGUGUCGUCCCAGGGCAAGCCGGAGCCUGGACUACCUGGUCUCAACUACACCGACAAUCAGCUGUUCUUUAUCAACUUUGCUCAGGUCAGUGGAUAG